AUGCCAAAUAAUUCUGAACAUUUAUCAUCACCAUUAACAAUAGUCGGAAAUGUCGAGAAAUAUUCAAUUAUUCAAAGAAAAUCUAAAGAUCGAAAAAUUGCUACCUCAACACAACGAUCUAUUCCUCAAUCGAAACGAGAAUAUGGAGAAGUUUAUAUUCGACAUCGAUUUGUUGAUGUUAACUCGCCAAAAUCAAACACUGAUGAACAACGAGCAAAAAAUGAAGAAAAAUUUCGUGAAAAAAUCAAACGAAAAACACGUUUAGUUCAACUUGAAAAAAUAAAACAAGGUAAUACUGUUAUUCAUCAUCGAGUAGAUUUAUCAAAACAUGUUUUACUUGUUCCGCAACGAGCAACUUAUGAAGAAAAUCUCGAACCAAUACCACCAUUAAUUCAUGUAAAAGAUACAACUAAUUUUUCAUUCAAUGAAAUGAACAUUGCUCCAUUAAAAUCUAAAAGAUCAUUACCAGUAGUAUCAGCAUCUGAUACAAAUAAUAAAUCUUUCGAUGUCAAUACAAUUGAUCAUCAGAGACAAAAAUCUGAAAUGAAAUUAUCAUCUUAUUCUACAACUAUUCUUUCUCCUGUUCAAGAAGAACCAGAAGAAAUUCAGACAUCCGAAGAUAUACCAUUUACUAAUAUAACAAAUAAAAUUAAUGAAUUAAUAACUUUUGAUAAUAAUGAAAAAUUAAAAUCUCUUCAUGAAAUACCUUUAAAUUUGUCGAUUACUGUUCCAUCAGAUAUUAUUUCAUCUAUAGAAGAAACAUUACAACAACAAAUUGAUGAAAAUAAACAA